AGGUGGCGCUGUGACUGUCCAGUACAGCCCUGCUACAGCUUCACCAUCAGCGGCCCGAUAACGCUCGGAGGGGAAGAGUGUUAAAGCUGUCAUACACGGUUCUCUCAUUUUAAUUUAAUAUUCCGCUCAGCCAGGCUGUUGUUGGAGCCGCAGAGAGAAAGAGGGGAAGGUCCUUCUGUAGCUGCUGUAGCCAUCUGACGGUGAGGCUGUUCGUCGUUGCCUUUGUUAAUUAGCAUUUGGCGAGCAGCGCAGCAUCAUGUCAUCACCAGGGGGGCAAGGAGGAGCUCUGUCCACAAGGGGUGCGGGAGGACCCAAGAGGAUGAAAUGGGCCCUGGAGCUGAGUUUGGGCAAUACCAGGAGCCGAGGGGACAGGCAGAGUAAGGAGGGAGAUGUUAUGUACCCUGUGGGAUACUCGGACAAACCAGUGCCCGACACCAGCGUGCAGGAAACCGACCGCAACCUGGUGGAGAAAAGAUGCUGGGACAUAGCUCUUGGUCCCCUGAAACAGAUUCCUAUGAAUCUAUUCAUCAUGUACAUGUCUGGUAACACCAUUUCCAUCUUCCCCAUCAUGAUGGUGUGUAUGAUGGCCUGGAGGCCCAUUCAGGCACUCAUGUCAAUGUCUGCCACCUUUAAACUGCUGGAGAGCUCCAGUCAGCAGUGGCUCCAGGGCUUGGUCUACCUCAUCGGCAACCUACUUGGCUCCGCACUGGCAGUCUACAAGUGUCAAUCGAUGGGUCUUCUACCAACACACUCAUCAGAUUGGCUCGCCUUCAUUGAACCACCACAGAGGUUGGAGAUAAUGGGUGGAGGAAUGGUGUUGUGAACCUCGAAAACCCAUUGACACACACAUGCACACACUUACACUUUGCCUUUGUAACCCCUGUAACUUAUGUAUGAUCUGCUGUCUUUGAUGUUACUUAUGCUUCUGCUGUGAAUGAAAUUUACAAAGAGAUUGAAUAAAACUAUUUCCGAC